AUGCUGGAAGACAUCAGCACACAGAUUCAUAUCCUCCUUCUAAAUUAUAUAAGAAUGAAGCAGUGUAGUCCUGAUCACUUAAAACUGAUCUUCCAGCUGAUUUUGUCAAACAACAAGAGUUAUAGAAUAAUUGGGGAUGAAGACGACAUGAACUUUGAGGCUGUCUAUAGAAUUCUCGUCGAACUUAAACAAAUUGGGCUGAUCUACAUGAAGAAAAAGAAGAGAUUCUACAUCACACAAAUGAUGAGAUGAUUCCUUCUAGGACUAGACUCUACAGAGGCAACUAAGUCAUUAAUCAAAUAAAGAUAUGGACAGGUCUAUUAUCGUAGAGACAAAUUUUAGAGUCUACUGAUACUCACAAAAUGGAUUAAAUCGUGAGAUUAUGAAGCUGUUCGUUGAGACUGAUGUAAUCUUCCCAAAUCUUAUUGGAGGGACACUGACCAGAUCUAAAGCAAGAGAAGCCUUCAGGAAAGGCAUUACUGCCCAUCAGAUCUGUAUUUUUCUAGCAAAGCAUGCUCAUGAACAAAUGUAUAUAAAGAAAGAACUUGAGGAGGAAAAAGAAGAUCCCAAAGGAAUAUUAGUUGACAGUAAAGAGCAAGUCAAAGAGAAGAAAAAGAAGUUAAAUCUCAAGGGUUCAAACGCUAAAGCGUCUGUUAUCCCUUCUAACGUUGUACAACAAAUUUAUAUUUGGGAAGAAGAAAUGAAUACAAUUACUUCACAAGAUGGAUUACUUAUUCGUGAUUUUGAAAGUAGGGAGAAAUACACUCAUUUCGUGCAACACUGAAAGAGAUCAAAUAUUCCAAUCUUAUCUCGUUCAGAAAGGCACUCACUGAUUGUCGUCCCUCAUGAGAAGCAGAAGGAGGUGUACGAGUUCCUGAAUAGGCACUAA